AUGAACAAAAUAGCUAAACAAUCGACAAAGAAACUGCAAGGAACCAUAAGUCAGGCUGAACGGAGCAGCCCUUCUGCUGACGGGGGUAGUCAGCUUGAUAAGGUGUCAUCAAAUCAAAAUAAAGACCUUACCAUAGACUACUCUUGGGAUGAAGACCCUCCAAUGUUGAGCUAUAAUCCACAAACAUAUGUAUUAGCAAACAAAAUUAUCAGUUGCCCCCCGCCGAAAUUAAGCAAAAAAGUGAAAAAGAAGUUUAGACAAGAAGAAAGAAAGAGAUUUGCAAAAUUGUAGUUUAUAAGUAUAAUUUUUUAAUAAAAUAAUAGUAACUUAAUUUAUUGUUUCAUUGAGUUUUUAUAAAAAAUCAAAGCAUAUUUUUCGAAGAUCA